AUGGUCUGGGACCCGGCAAGGGGGCGGGUGGAGUACUACGCCAGGGUCCGCGUUGAGGUCCCACAGCGCGACGGCGAGAACGCCCUCUACGCCAAGGACCAGCUCGAGACUUUUGACAUCGCAAACUACCCCAGUGCGCUCGAGAAGAAGAUCACCCUUAUCAAGUACUUCACGUCGUACCUGGGUCGUACACAUAGUACCGGGAAUGAUAAGGUUAAGGUGGUGCGCUGUUCACGCUAUUCGGAGUUGGAUUCCCCGCCACAGUCGGACCCGCAUGCGACGGAGAACGUAGUCUACGUCAAGCGCUGGCUUCACACGGACGAGGCCAUCGUCUUCCGACUUUCAAACAAAACCGUUCAGGUGUGCUUUAAGGACGGGGCGGAAAUUAUCCUGAGCUCGGAAUGGAGCGUCGUGACCUACACAGAUCCCGCCGGUAACCGCCAAACCCUAGCCCUGGCAACAGUCACAACGGAGUCCGAAGAAGCGGCGUCUCGUUUACAUUACGCUAAAACUAUUCUUCACCAAUUGAUUAAGGAACACUAUUUUUAG